UUGACGAGCGGCGGCGCGCUGCCUGCCGGGUAGGUGAGGCGCUGGAGGUCACCGGUGCACGUGCUGCCCGCCGCCCGCCGGGGAGAUGUUCGCCGCCCUGGGGAGAGUGUCCGGCUCCGGGCCCGUCCGGGGAGCGCUCAGGCGAGAGCUGCAAACUUUCUGUGCCCGGCGAGCGCUGAGGACCAGUGGUUGCAAGCGGGAUGAUACCCUGGCAACGCCGCCCCUCGACAACGCUCCCAGGGAGUACUCACCAAAGAUAAAACAACUGGUACAUGAGAUAUCAGGUCUGACGCUUCUUGAGAUCUCUGACCUCAACGAUCUGCUAAAGAAAACACUGAAGAUUCAGGAUGUUGGGAUGAUGCCGAUGCCCGGAAUGGUAGCAGCUGCUGCACCUGCCUCUCAGGAUAUUGAGGAUGAAGCCGUCCCAGCCAAGAAGGAGAAAACCCAAUUCACAGUGAAGCUGGUGGAAUUCAAGGCGGCCGACAAAGUGAAACUGAUCAAGGAAGUGAAGAACUGUAUUUCGGGGCUGAACCUUGUGCAGGCCAAGAAGCUGGUGGAGUCGCUGCCUCAGGAGAUGAAGGCCAACGUCUCGAAGGACGAAGCAGAGAAGUUAAAAGCUGCCCUCGAGGCAGCAGGAGGAACUGUGCAGAUAGAAUAACUCCCUGACUCCUGCCGUGGCCUGGCCUAGAAGAUACAGUAGAGUCCAAUGAAAAGGCCUCUGGGCUGGGGGGCCGAUUGGUGUCACAGCUGCUGGACUGCAUCCUCAGACUUUUGAGUAGACAGUGGGGAGUGCAGUUCGACCAAGAUGUUAUUUGUAUGAAUGUCUACAUAUCAUGAUUUUGUAACACUUACAAAGUGGUAGAGGGUGCAGGUAGGAAAGAUGCCAAUACUGUAAAUAUCUGUCGUGUACAGAGCCCAUCCUGGGCGCAGCCCUCCAGAUCUGUGUUGUUUGUCACUUCCAUUCAUGUUAAAUGAAAGGAAAAGGGGGACCGUUUACAAUAUUCUAAAGCCGCCUGCAUUUGGUGAAUCAGAAUCGGUUUAUUAUCGCUGACGUAUGUGGUGAAAUCUGCUGUUUUGCAGCAGCAGUACAUUAAAAGAAACAAAUUAUAAAUUA